AUGGCGCCUGCGAAUGGGCAUCUGUUGCUCCCCAAGAUAUGGCGAGCAGCAAGGUUUGCCUAUGAAAGGGCCUCCAAGGCUAUCAGGGCCAGACUUCCAGAACAAACACAAUACUCGUCCUUGAGAUAUCAGCCUGCCUAUGCCCGCAUCAAUAGCCGGCAACCCAUUAGCCGAGCUGCGGCUAUUCGACAGGCCCGAAGCCGCUACUUCUCCACUCGAGCAGCCGGUGCCUUUGUCUCGGCCGUCCGAUCGGGUCUCCAGGCCGAGGCCCACGCAUACCGAAGCACUAGGGUUGCUUCGAACAUCAGCAAGUUCACCAGUCGCGCUCCAUUUGCGUCCACAUUGCGUCCCAAUUUGACUGGUGGCACGCUCGGUCGCACUGCAGGAGGCUACACACUGGGAGCUGGUCGAUUCGGAGGAGCCCGCUACUUCUCCCAUGGCCCGGCAGCGCCGGCUCAGGUGAUUCAGAAUGUAUCUCAAGGCAUUCGCGCCUUCGCCCUGUCGGGUCAAAAGGUCCGUUUCGACGGAAUUGACCCUCGGACGGGCGAAAAGCGGUACAAGGCCAUCAGCGUCCUGCAGGACCAGGCUGGUCGCAAGAUGACCGCUGUCCCUCGCCAGGCAUCUGGAUCGAGCCUGGACUUCCAAGUGUCCCCAACUAUGGCUGCCUUUGGCGCUUUCAACGCCUUGAGCAAGCAGGCGGGCGCCGAGGCCAUUCAGACCUUGAACUCGGACGGUGUGAUGGACAUGCUCUCUGUUGAUUUUGCUCGGGCGCUGAAGGAGUUUGCUGUGGUCUUGAAUGAUCUCAAGCGCCUGUCGGUACUGGGAGAUUUGCCCAUUUCUCUGCAUGACCGGUCGACUAUCCGUGUGAGGUUCCCUGGGUGCGAUGCCGAGACCGUCGAGCAUCUUUGUGACGAAGUCGGCGUUCAGCGGGGCCGGAUCACGCAAGACGAAGACUUUGACAUCCGCACGGGCGCUGAUCUGGCACUCCUCUUCCCCUUUGCGCCCAGCGUUGCCGCCUCGUCUGAAGCAGGGUAUCUCUUCGAGAACUCCUCCAAUCCGAAGACCCACAUUUCGAACGACAUUGAUUGGCACGGCAUGAUCACGCCAGAGGUCAGCAGUCCCUUUUCCGGGGAUUCGGGCCUCGAUUCUGGAAAGGCGAUCAGUUUUGAAGACAAGGAACUUUUCGAAAGCAACCCUUGGACCUCACCACGUUCCGCCUACUCCAGCAUCAACAUCAGCGAGCUUGGUGAUCAGCAGUUUUUCCAAGAAACCAGUGCCGACCAAGUGCAACCCACAUUAGACCAAGAUAUUGAAGGAAUUCACAGGUUCUUGGCUGAGUGUGAUCGCGCCCGCCGCUGA